CCGGCGGAAAGUUUUCCCUGACGGAGUUUUUGGCUGCGGCGGAGGCGGCAGCGCGGCGGCCCGGGGAGGCCAUGGACGCGCUCAAGUCCGCCGGGCGGGCGCUGAUCCGGAGCCCCAGCCUAGCCAAGCAGAGCUGGGGGUGCGGCGGCGGCCGGCACCGGAAGCUGCCUGAGAACUGGACAGACACCCGGGAGACCCUGCUCGAGGGCAUGCUCUUCACUCUCAAGUACCUGGGCAUGACGCUGGUGGAGCAGCCCAAGGGCGAGGAGCUGUCAGCCGCCGCCGUCAAGAGGAUCGUAGCCACGGCCAAGGCCAGCGGGAAGAAGCUGCAGAAGGUGACUCUCAAGGUGUCGCCCCGGGGGAUCAUCCUGACGGACAACAUCACCAACCAGCUCAUUGAGAAUGUGUCCAUUUACAGAAUCUCCUACUGCACGGCAGACAAGAUGCAUGACAAAGUGUUUGCAUACAUCGCGCAGAGCCAGCACAGUGAGAACCUCGAGUGCCAUGCCUUCCUCUGCACCAAGCGGAAGAUGGCCCAGGCUGUCACCCUCACAGUAGCCCAAGCCUUCAAAGUCGCCUUUGAGUUUUGGCAGGUAUCCAAGGAAGAGAAGGAGAAGAGGGAGAAAGCCAACCAAGAGGGAGCGGACGUCCUGGGCGGAGGCCGCCAGGACAGCGCCCCUUCGUUGAAGAGCCUGGUCGUCACUGGGAACCUGCUGGACUUGGAAGAGACGGCCAAGGCCCCGCUGUCCACGGUCAGCGCCAACACCACCAACACGGACGAGCCACCGUGGCCUCAAGCCUUAAACAGCAGCAGUGUUGUCUGGGAGCUGGAUGACGGCCUGGAUGAAGCAUUUUCAAGGCUGGCCCAGUCUCGGACGAACCCUCAGGUCCUGGACACUGGACUGACGGCACAGGACAUUCAUUAUGCCCAGUGCCUCUCGCCUGUCGACUGGAACAAGGCUGACAGCGGUGGCGCCGAGCCGGACGACCUCUUCAACUUCUGAGGCCUGGGGCUGGCAGGACACGUGACGAACCAAAGCUCCCCACGUUUGGGAUGGGGGCCAGCUCCUGGACUGCCCCCCGCGCCAGCCACCCUCCUCCAGUCGGCAGCACUGUUAGCCUGAAGAUCAAAGUGCAGCCAGUCAAGCAGAGGGAAGAAGAUAUAUAUUUUUUAACCCUGUUCUUUCUCUAAGAACUGAAAGAUGCCUUGAAUAUUUAUUCAGUCACUCCUGGUUCCAGAAGCCAGUUUGGCAUCAGGCACGAGCGCAGUGUGAUAACCAGCUUCCUGCCCUCUCUUGUGUGAGCGCUGCUCGCUGUGGGUAUCAGGAUGGUGACCAAAGCAUUUCUCGUCCCUUUUCUCUGAGGGCCCAGAUUUCCCUGGAGGUGCCCCUGCUCCUUACUGAAAGGAGCUGGGUCCUUCGUUUCUGCCACCCUUUGAGCACAGGAGGGCCCCGCAGCCUCGGAAGAAGACGCUUCAUCCUGCUCGCCUUCCCAGCAGGCCCCAGCAGGCUGGGGCUUGAGCUCCUGGCCCCGGGGGCACUCAGAGAGACAGGGGCAACCCCUGACCAAAGACAGCAUGUGGCGGCACUUUAGAGCAGUCACUGCAGGUGCGGCCCCCGCUCCUUGAUGGUGCUGUGUUGUGUAGAGCUUUCUUUCUGCCCUUCUUCCAAGAGACGGCGCCCAAAGUCCCCGCGGAGGGUCCCCACCAGUGCUGCGCACCAGUGUGACAGGCCGCUCAUGGGCCCUCAGAGUUUGCCCGCAACAGUGGGGCCAUCUGUGUGGCCGCCCUCCCUGCCCUCCCCCGUGUGCGCUGCUGCUGGCUCUGAGCCCCACCUCCCCAUACUUCCUGAGAUGACACGUGAAACCUAACACCUAGAUUUGAUCUGCGACUCGUUGGUCGCAAGUUUCAGACAAGGAAACUUGAGGCCACAUGUGUGGAAGAAGAAAGAGUCGAGAGUGGAACCCAGAUCUGGUGCCAAAGCUACCUUCUCACCCCGUCCGCUCACAACUCGCACCUCCUUUUUUUUUCUCUCUAGCUUUGUUGUCCUCCCAGGAACCAAAAAGCCCCAGCUAUUUUCUGACCAAAAUGUGUUUCAUAACAAACCAUCUGGUGCCUUUACACACAGAACUGGCAUGAGCCUGCAUGCCCUGCUAACUGUCUUGCUGUUGAUUUCCGUGAAAAUGGAAGUGUUUGAAGUCUGCUAAUUCAGAGGGUGAAACAAAACCAAACUUCGUAAGCAUCACGCAGUUCCUUCCUGACGCUCCAACCCCAGGUCAGUGCCAGCAGCCACCUGUCUUCAGAGUCUACCCUCCUCCCCUCUCCCACAGGGCUCCCGGCAAAGCCACCAGCACACCCUCCAUCCUCAGGUGCCUCCCAGGCCUGGCUUUACUAAGCUGAAGUCCCUGGUGGUAGUCGGAGCAAAUUACACCAGCCUAGGAAACACCAUUUUUUUAGAUUUUGCGUAUCUAAGCAUUGGAAUCAGAGCACAGACAGAAAUGCCUGGGUGAGACACGGGGUAGAAUUGUCUUUAUCAGAAUGUGGCCCUGGCCCAGCUCCCGCACCCCACCGCCCCGCUAUCCAGCCCAGACCUCCUUGGUGUCAGCCCGUGUGUCUGUCAUGAGGCAGCAGGGACUGGGCCUGACACAGGCCGCCCUGGCACGAAGGUCCAGGAGCCCGGAGAAAGGCCCUGCUGUGUGUGUGUGACUCGCAGUGGGGUCUUCAUCUGGUCCCCGGCCAGCAGCAGUCAUUGUGCUCCCUGUGUGUCUGCAGAUAAGUUUGUGCUUUACUUGGUGUUGCUGUAAAGGAAUUCUAAAAAGGAAAAACAAAAGUAAUAAACAUUCUC